CUCCCCCCGGGAGCUCAGCCCGCCCCCGCUCCCUACGACCCGCGCGGGCAGCGAACAAAGCCCGGAGACUGCGGCGCCGAGCUGGGGCGGGGGCCUCGGCCGGGUGGGUGGCAGGCCGCCUUGGGGGAUGGGAAGGCGUGGCGCCGGGGCCCCUCCCCCGUCCGCCUAAACUAUCCUCCCACCAGGAAAUGCAGCUGAAAUCAGGUUAAUGUAUAAUCGAGGGGCGACGUGCUGGGAAUUCCAAGGGGCUCGCCCGGGCUCCAAGAGCCGCAGCGCUCUCUGGACAGGAGAGGCCAGCGGAGCUGGACCUUCCGUUCCCCAGCCCCUUGGGUCGGCCUCACGCUAGGACUGCUCACAGAGCUUCCCGCGGCUGUACCGGUACCACCACAGGCUCGACGGCGGCCCAGUAGGGCUACGCCCCCUGCCGAUGGCGGGUUAGCGGCCGUUGAACCAGAAGCCAGAGUGAAGUGUGACAGAAGCUCUUCCUCCUGAGAAAGACUCCACCACCAGAGCCGGGCGGUGGUGGCGCACGCCUGUAAUCCCAGCACUUUGGGAGGCAGAGACAGGCGGAUUUCUGAGUUCGAGGCCAACCUGGUCUACAGAGUGAGUUCCAGGACAGCCAGGGCUACACAGAGAAACCCUGUCUUGAAAAAAAAAAAAAAAGACUCCACCACCAGGACCCUGGCAGGAUUCAAGGCUUCUUGCUGAAAACAACACUGCACAUGAGCAAAUUAUGUUCAGCUGAGCAGAGAAGUGGCUGUCUUGAUACUGACUUGAUUGAGUCUUGGGUAGGACUGCGAGGAGACGCAAUGGGUCCUGGCUUCACAGUCCUGAGAAUUUGUUUUCUAGCCUUUGGAGAAAUUUCCUUCUGGAUUUCCUACGAGGUGAUCAUGAACUGCAUCCCAUAUCCCCCAGUGCUUCCUCUCUGAAAGGCACUAGGUGCACUGUGGAAAGCCGAGAGUCUCAACCCUCUCCUGAACUCUGACCAACACUAGCGGGACCCCAGACAAGUGGGACAACGCUGCCAAAAAUCCGCAAGGUUGAGGGAGGGACAAUGGAACACCGGACUCAACCGCUACUCUGCCUAAUAGUCCUCGAAGCUGGAGAACAUGGUUCUGCUCCAGACGGUCAUUUUGAACUCCCGCAUAAGAAUGGAUGUCUGUGACAGUGUGUCAUAGUACUGUUAUUUGGAGUUGAAUUGAAAAUAGGGGAAACUGAAGUAGAUUUCUAACUCUGAAGAAUGAGGUAGAAGAAUCUGGAAGAAGCAAAGUCUGUCCUGUGGUUCUUACAGAUAGAAAUGGACUGCCAGGGAGGGGGCAAGUGCUACAAGAUCAGACAGGAUGGUGGCAGCAUGUGCUACUUAGUGCAUGGAGCCUGGAUUUGUGAAGACCCUGCCUGGCCCAAAGUCUUGCUGUCACUCCAGCAUUGUUGCUGAUGUGCAAUGGACAACUUCCAGUACAGUGUCCAGCUCAGUGAUCGAGAAUGGGCCGAGUUCUCAGCCACUGCUGAUGAGUGUGGCCUCGUUCAGGCUGACCUGGCCUCUGGUGACGAGCUCUUGUCCAGUGACAUUGACCAAGGGGACAGCAGUGGAAGCAGCCCUCCUGGGCCCCCACCCCUCUUCACUGGGCAACUGGUUUCCCAAGGGAGGGGACAACAGAGCUGUGAUUUGGAGGACGUGGCUGCUCAGCAGCUGGUCAGCAGGUCUCAGUGUGAGCCUGUUCUGGCUCUGGAGGCCAGUCAUCAGGUAGCCAGCACGUACACACAGUCAGAAGCCCUUCUGUUCUCCAGCUCAGACAGUGUCUGUCCUGGCCAGGCCUUGUCCUUCCCAGGGUCAGCAACUUUCGGAGACAAGAUGCAGAGGCUUUUGCAAGGCCCUGCCCCUAGCUCUCCCAGUAAACCCCCUCAUAGUCCUGAGUCCCCUGGCCACAGUGCCAUCCCUCAGAGUCCCCCUGACAACCUUGAAGCUUCACAGAGGAACCCUGGUCGUAAGAAGAGGCGUGCUGUAGGUGCCAAGGGGACCAAGUACUCUGGAUCUAUGGACUCUGCUACUAUCCAGAUGAGCUCCCCACAGCUUACAGAAACCAGGCCCAAGGAGACUCUUAUGUCUGGGACACUAAUGGCAAAAGUCCAGCAGGAUAAGCCACAGUCAGACUCCACAGGUGCUACUGAACAUGGCUCUAAUAUUCCUGAACAGUUGGACAGACAGGAUUCAGGCUUAGAUCUUUCUACACCUAUUCUGAUAACUGAACAAGAUACAGACCAGAUCAGAAAAACAUCCAGAGCUGUGUUACAUGUGGUAUCCAAACCUGUCCAGGAAGUCCAUCCAGAUAUCUCCAUGGCCACACCAAAUAGGUCUACACAUGCCUCCAAGCCUCAACCCUACGUGGCUUUGUCUCAACCUGCCUCCAAGCCUCAGUCUGACACAGCUUCGUCUACACAUCCCUUCAUGCCUGAAAUGACUUUGUCCACACUUGCCUUCAAAUGUCAACCCAAUACGAAUCAGUCUACACCUGCCUCUAAGCCUGACGUGGCUUUGUCUACACCUGCUUCUAUGUCUCAACUGGGCAAGGCUGAGUUUGCAUCCGCUCACACACCUGGAUUGCAUGUGGACCUAUCUGCAGCAGGCUCAGAGAUCAAGCCAGAAGUUUCUCCCUCUGUGCCUGCCUCAGUGGAUAUGCUUUGUACAGAUUUGACUCAUUCUGUUUCAAAGACUGAGUCUAAAGAGAGCGUACCUAUACCUAUUAUGCCUUCUUUUUCCCAGGCUGAAGCUGCCAUGGUAGAUACAGGUGUGACUGUGCCUCCAGGGGGAAACAUUGAGAAGCCAGUAGGGCAGUUCCCAGCAGGGUCCUCAGGAUACUCUUCAGGAGAGCCCUGUCUAGGUCCUGUCCGAGCCCCCAAGAAGAAGAAAGUACGGUUUUCCAUGGCUAUACCCAGCCAUGAAGAAUCAGGGUCAGGUGGGCCUACAGGUUCAUCCUUCCUAACCCCAGACCGGCCCCCAACUCCUAGGACAGCAGCAGGAAGCCGUGGGGGUUCUGUAGCCUGGGACGCUGUGGCUGUUGGGCCCCGACUACCCCAGCCUCGGAUCCUCAAGCACCUGCCUCCUCCUGUAUCCUCUGUAUCUGCAGAGGCUGAGCCUGGAAGCUGCUUUGCAGUGACUCUCCCUGAGGCCUAUGAGUUCUUCUUCUGUGACACCAUUGAGGAGGAAGAUGAAGAUGUAGAGGAUGAGGAGGCAGCCAGCCAAGCCCUGGAUGAAGUCCAGUGGCCAGACACAUGCGAGUUUUUUUUCCGGGAUAGCAGAGCCCAAAGAUCAAGAUGUCAGAGGGGACAUUCCCCAGUCUCAGCACCGAGAGCAGACACUGUGGCACCUGUUCCCUCUGAAAAUUUGGUGCCUAUCUCCAUCCCUGAGGUCUAUGAACACUUCUUCACUGAAGAAGGAUUUGGGAACAGACAGCCUCCAGACACUCAUAUCCGGAUGCAGACCUCAGAGCUUUCCAGGGAAGUAAGGCCUGAGGCAUCCUCCAAGCCUGAGGCAUCCUCCAAGCCUGUUCCACCUACAGCAGAACACCUUAGCUUAACAAUCAGGAAGGCAGGGGAACUACGGAGUCCCCUUACUUCAUUUACAUUCAGCCAAAAUGACAUGUGCCUGGUGUUUGUUGCCUUUGCUACUUGGGCUGUGAGAACCUCAGAUCUACAUGCCCCAGAUGCUUGGAAAACAGUCUUGCUGGCCAACAUUGGCACCAUCUCUGCUAUCCGCUACUUCCGCCGUCAGGUUGGGAGAGGGCAUAAUGGCAAACCAAGACCCAGUUCCAGCUCAAACCCCAGCUGCUAGGAGCCAAGCUAUCCUGGUGAGGCAUGGAGUAUGAAGAUGAACCCAGGUGACAAGGACAAGAUGUUGCUCUUCUCUCUACCCUUUGAUCCCUGUCUUCUAAGGCAUCUAGGAAGGAACCGGUGUCCUUGGUACUGAUUUACUUACACUCAACCUAAGGGUCCAGCCACUGACUAAGGCCAAGGACAUUUUCCAUACCUGAGAGAGUAGAGAUUCAGGGUGGCGGAUAAGUGGGCACUAAGCAAGGAGCUGGAUAAUAGAACAUAGUAUUUGCAAAGAAAAACUACAGGGAGUCUAGCUAAAUUUGAAUUUACAUGAAAUUCCUGAAAUGUACUUGUUUGAAGAAAUUAUUUGUUAUCUGAAAUCUAAUUUAAAUGGGCACUCUGCCUUUUGUCUGGUCAUAAAUAAAAAUGAGCAGCAGAAAAGGACUCUACAGUAAGUGUUAAAGUAACAAGGCCCCUCUGGAUGUGUCUAGGCCAAGGUGAGGUGACUAAGUGUCUUCAAAACUAGAGAGAGGCAGUCUAAGAACUCUGCCCUAUUGAAAGGCAUACUUGGCUGGCUAGGGCCUCCAAGGCCCUGAUCCCUGAUGCUUGUGUAGGUCUGGCCCAAGUCAGUGAAUAGGUUCUAGGGCAAUGGUUCUCAACAUUCUAAAUGCUUCAACCCUUUAAUACCGUUUUUCCUGUUGUAGUAAUCCCCAACCAUAAAAUUAUUUUCAUUGUGACUUCAUAACUGAAAAUUUGCUGCUGUUUGAAUCAUAAUGUAAAUAUUUUUGUAGCUAGAGGUUUACCAAGGGGGUUGAAAACCAUUGCUCUAGGGUAUACCUCCAGGGAUAGUUUCUGAGGCCCCUGCAAUGUGGGAUCUAUGAAGCAGGGUUGGAUCUUCUCCAAAAACCCCAGACAGGAUAUACAUAAAAUUUGAUAGCAUCCUAUGGAAGGAUUGUCUCCUGAUACUAAAGGGAGCUUGAAUGAAGAUAAGGCUGAGAGAAGUUGUAGAGUGGGAAGGUAGGCGAAGGAACUGAGGUAACACAGUGAUAGCCAGUUAAGGGUGGGGUUCUACCCAAGACAGCAGAUAAAGGUUCUUAGGAUGGUAGAUUACUCUGGCUGCUCAGAGGGGAACACAGGGACAUAGCACCAAUAAAAUCUCUUUCUUGUU